CACUUCGCUGCGCUUUCAACUUGCUUCCCAGCUUUCAUCCUCUUCACAGCUUCAAGGCAGCAGUCCCCGCAAUCCUUCCACCAUGGGUCGUAUGCACAGCCGCGGGAAAGGCAUCUCCGCCUCUGCUGCCAAGUACAAGCGCACUCCUCACAGUUGGCUCAAAACAACUGCUCAAGAUGUCGAGGAGAACAUCUGCAAGUUCGCGAAGAAGGGUCUAUCGCCGUCACAGAUCGGCGUGAUCCUCAGGGACUCUCACGGUAUUGCUCAGGUGAAGAGCGUGACGGGGAACAAGAUUCUGCGUAUUCUGAAAGCCAGCGGAAUGGCGCCGGAGAUCCCCGAGGAUCUUUACCACAUGAUAAAGAAGGCUGUGGCUGUUCGCAAGCAUCUGGAGAGGAACAGGAAGGAUAAGGAUUCCAAGUUCAGGUUGAUUCUGGUGGAGAGCAGGAUUCAUAGGCUCGCCCGCUACUACAAGAGCACCAAGAAGCUCCCUCCCGUCUGGAAAUACGAGUCUACUACAGCAAGUACUCUGGUUGCUUAGGGUUUUAAGACAAGGACAGCUGGGUAGAGGAGUGGACGGAGGGUUUUGUUGCAAAUGUGCAAAUGGAAUCUGUUGCUGACAACCAUGAGAGACCUUGUAGUCGGUUUCUCGAGGUUUUAGGGAUCAGUGCUUGGACAAGUGCAUUGACUUGCUGUUCCUCAGUUACUACAUGCAUCUUGUUUUCCUUUCUUGUAUGGUGGGGAUUUCUCUCCAACAAUUAUAAUUUAUAGCUACUUUGAGAUUCCUUUUGUGUUGCAAUGACUUGAGAAUUCUGUAAGUUAAUGGAAUAUUAAGAAUAGAGUUGUCUGGCAUUAUGCAUUUAUGGUUAUGCUGUGAAGAUAUGUUGUACAAGGUAACCUCUAAGCUUUGGAUGAGAUGUAGAAUACACAAAUCUCUUUAUU